AUGGGCUCCUCAAUGCUAGAGAUCGCUCACACCGAACAUUCUAAGGAGACAAAAUCGCUCUAUCUCUCCGGCAAAAACGUAAUUUCUACCAAAGGUAUUGAAACCUUUAUAAAUCUUAAACGGCUUGAUCUUUCUAACAAUCUAAUUAGUGAAUUGAAUGGGAUUGACAAGCUUGUAAACUUGGAGAUACUAGAUUUGUCGAACAAUAAGAUCGAAAUAUUUGGCUUUUACCACAAUUCUCAGUCUACCACGUCCAUUUUCAUCGGCAAAAAUAGAUCUGUGCUACCAAAUUCACUAGUAGAGCUUAAUUUGGACGGAAACUUUUUGAGUGCAACAACAGAAGAAUGGUUAGAUGAUAAUUUAGAGGCUCCUAGGAGUUCUUCCGCAAUCGGAUUGAAGAAAUUGACGUUGAAAGGUAACAGUUUCGAUACUUUGGAAUCCCUAAGUGGCAUAGAGACCAUUAGAGGAUUAGAAUAUCUAGAUUUGAGGGAUAAUCGCAUUUCUAACUUUGGCGUUCUCUUAGCAUGUGUUCCUUGGGGGAGUUCAGACAAGUUGACUAUUAGACUUGAGGGCAAUCAUUUCGAUGAGGGACAGGUGGAGAAUUUGUAUCAGAUUAUCAAAAAUUUCCCUCAAUUGAUCCUCCAUUUAGAUUGCCUGGAGGAUUCAAUAUCCAAAUUAGAUAGGGUAGAAUUUACCCCGUCAAUAGUCACUAGGAGUGGUGGCCUACUACUGGAAGGGUCAACUCGCACAGAAUCAUUUAAAAUUAAUGCUACAUCUGUAAAUGAUAGGCUUCGAAAGGUAACCGAGACUAGAACUGGAAAUACGGUAAAGCCUGGAUUUCAUUUGGACACUUUAGAAACGGCUGACACUUUAUGUGAUACAAGUGAAGUUGUUAGCGAUCAAAAGAGAUUUGUUGAGGAAUCAAACCAUUUGAUGGAGAAAUUGGGAGGGUGGAUUAAUAACUCCAAUGAAACCCUGGCAAAUUUGAUCGCUGAUUAA